GCCGUCGUUGCUGGCCUCCUCCGGCCACUGCACUGCGCACGGAAUCCAUCCCCACGUCCGUGAUCUCACUCGCGCCGUAUCCCGUACGAGCAUGGCGGCGGUCUGCAGGGGGCGUCGCGGGGGCGGCGAGGGAGAAGGUGGUGCUCUCACGGAGGAGGAGGGGCAGCACAAAUUCGGGCCAUCUUCUCGAUUUCAGUCCGCGCUUGGGCUCGGCGCUCUGGUCCGCGCCGCCGGUGGGAAAGCACCGCAAGGUGAGGGAGAGGCAAGGAAUGGACGACCUUCUGCUUUGUUUUCCUUUACCGAUUUACCUUCAGCGUGAGAGAUUGUUCAGGUAACAAAUCGCCCCUGCUGGUCCCAUAGUCAGCAGAUCGGAUGGUGGUAUCAUAUUCUCGGUUUGGUUGCUGAUAGAGACUUGCAUUCUAACCUGGCAUGGAAUUUUCUAGUCAUGAAUGUGUGAAGCAGUGCGUCCAUGCUUUGUCUGGCUCCAAGGUGGGAACAUGUGGUGCUGCAAAUCACACUGUCACCCUUGAGCCUUGAGCAACACUGGCACUAUGUCCACACCUGCUCGGCCGGCAGCUUGGUCGAGAAUUCAGGCCUGCUGCCGCUCUCUCUGUCGUUCCUCGUGUCAAGAAUCGUAGCGUCCUCAUUAAGGAUAUCCUGAUGUCAUCGUGUAAACAGAGACAAGCAAUAUGUGUAUGCUGUCACUUUCUCCUUUUUCUUUCGACGAAAUGGGUUCGUUGGUCACUAGUGGGUAGUUGUGUAGGGAAAUGCAUAAUUUAGUUUUUCAAAAAGUAUUAUAUGUUAAAAGGCUAAAGUUUGAUACCUUCUUCCUGAAGUAGAUAUUGCCAUGCCUAUAAAUGAAGGAGUAACCAAGCAGCUCCUAGUUACUUGUAGCUAUGGCAGUUCAGAUGACAUGAUCACGCUGUUUUGGGGGAUGUUUGUGCAACCGUCAAACGAUGGCAGGAUGGUGGUGGUGGACAUGAACUCAAGAAAGACAGUAGGCAAGUCCUGAGGUAGAGAUUGAAGAAUAAUCGGUUAGAUCUUCAACAAAGACAGCUAGCCAGCCAUGAAGAUUACUACAAUCAUGCAGUUUAUCUUGGGGCUCAUUGUUUGCAAUGGACAUGUCAUCAUCUGUGGUUCCCUGUAUGGAAAUGAGACAGACCAAUUAUCACUGCUUGAAUUCAAGAAUGCAAUUACCCUCGAUCCAAAGCAAUCCUUGAUGUCCUGGAAUGACAGUACCCACUUUUGCAAUUGGGAAGGUGUUCAUUGCAGAAUGAAGAAUCCAUACCGUGUCACUUCUCUUAACCUUACAAAUCGAGGUUUAGUUGGUGAAAUCUCUCCUUCACUUGGAAAUCUGACAUUCCUAAAACAUUUACUCCUACCGACAAAUGGGUUAACUGGGACAAUUCCUCCAUCCCUUGGUCAUUUGCAUCGCCUUCAAAACCUCUACCUGAGCAAUAACACACUGCAAGGGAGGAUACCUAGUCUGGCAAACUGUUCCAACCUCAAGGCUCUAUGGCUGGAUAGAAAUCAACUAGUUGGACGAAUUCCUGCAGACUUGCCUCCUUACCUUCAAGUGCUGCAACUUUCAGUUAACAAUCUGACUGGAACCAUCCCUGCUUCUCUUGCCAACAUCACAGUGCUAAACCAGUUUAACGUUGCGUUUAAUAAUAUUGAGGGCAACAUCCCGAAUGAGAUUGCAAAGUUACCUGCGCUCCAUAUUCUGAACGUGGGUAGCAAUCAAUUGACAGGCAUGUUUCAACAGGCCAUCUUGAACCUUUCUACUCUUGUUACCCUUAACCUUGGUCCAAAUCAUUUAAGUGGUGAGGUACCAUCCAAUCUUGGUAACUCUCUACCCAGUCUCCAAAACUUCGCAUUAGCCGAUAACUUCUUUUAUGGGAAAAUCCCAUCUUCUUUGAUCAAUGCAUCCCAGAUACACAUUUUUGAUAUAUCAAAAAAUAAUUUCACAGGAUCGGUGCUUCGGUCCAUUGGCAAACUUUCCGAACUCACAUGGUUAAACCUUGAGUUCAAUAAACUCCAAGCACGUAACAAGCAAGAUUGGGAGUUUAUGAACAGCUUAACCAAUUGUACUAAGCUAAAUGCCUUCUCGGUAGAGGGGAAUCAUCUACAAGGCCACAUACCAAGUGCAUUAUCCAACCUUUCCAUUCAGCUUCAACAUCUAUAUUUGGGGCGGAAUCAAUUGGAAGGAGGUUUCCCUUCUGGCAUAGCGAACCUUCCGAACCUGAUUGUUUUAGGAAUGAAUAGCAAUCGAUUUACAGGUACCAUUCCUCAAUGGUUAGGAGCUCUAAAAAAUUUGCAAAUACUAGGUUUAGCUGACAACAUCUUUACAGGGUUUAUUCCAUCCUCCCUUUCCAAUUUAUCUCAAUUGGCAUAUCUCCUUCUAGACUCGAACCAAUUUGUUGGCAACAUACCACCAAGCUUUGGAAAUCUUCAAAACCUUGAAAUACUGAACAUGUCCAGCAACAAUCUUCAUGGUUUAGUGCCAAAGGAGAUCUUUAGAAUUCCAACACUAAGGGAAAUUUAUUUAUCUUUGAACAACUUCAAUGGACAACUUCCUAACGACAUUGGUAAUGCCAAACAACUCAGAAAUCUAGAACUCUCUUCAAAUAGUCUAUCUGGAGAUAUUCCUAGCACUCUGGGUGAGUGUGCAAGUUUGGAAGAUAUCAAGUUGGACUGGAAUGUUUUCAGUGGAAGCAUCCCCACUUCAUUAAGCAAAAUAAGUAGCCUAAAAGUUCUUAGUGUUUCCCACAAUAACAUUACUGGAUCAAUUCCAGUGUCUCUUGGCAACCUACAAUAUCUUGAGCAACUAGAUCUGUCAUUCAACCAUCUCGAGGGGGAGGUCCCAAAAGAAGGAAUCUUCAAGAAUGUAACUGCUCUGUGGAUCGAAGGAAAUCAUGGGCUUUGUGGUGGGGCUCUGCAGUUACACUUAAUGGCAUGUUCUGUUAUGCCUUCAAAUUCAAGAAAUCACAAACUGUUUGCUGUACUCAAAGUGUUAAUUCCAAUAGCUUGCAUGGUCUCACUUGCUAUGGUCAUACUUCUCUUAUUGUUCUGGAGGGGGAGACAUAAGAGAAAAUCCAUGUCGUCGCCAUCACUUGAUAGAAAUCUUCCCGAAGUUUCUUUCAGUGAUAUUGCUAGAGCAACAGACGGGUUCUCAACAUCCAGCAUAAUUGGAAGAGGGAGAUAUGGUACUGUGUAUCAAGGAAAACUAUUUCAAGAUGGAAAUUAUGUUGCCAUAAAAGUCUUCAACCUGGAGACAAGGGGAGCACCAAAUAGCUUCAUUGCAGAAUGUAAUGUCUUAAGGAAUGUGCGGCAUCGUAAUCUGGUUCCUAUACUAACCGCAUGCUCAAGCAUUGAUUCUAACGGAAAUGAUUUCAAAGCUCUAGUGUAUGAGUUCAUGCCUCGAGGAGACUUGCAUGGACUACUGUACUCAACUCAAGACUAUGAGAGCUCUUUAGAUUUGAUACAUAUUACAAUAGUUCAAAGGCUAAGCAUUGUUGUGGAUAUAGCAGAUGCACUGGAGUACCUACACCAUAACAACCAAGGAACUAUUGUUCAUUGUGAUAUGAAGCCUAGCAACAUUCUUUUGGAUGACAACAUGACAGCUCAUGUUGGGGAUUUCGGUCUUGCAAGGUUUGUAGUUGAUUCAACGGUAUCAUCAUCCGAUGAUUCAUACUCAGCCUCUUCAAUUGCGAUAAAUGGAACUAUUGGAUAUGUUGCUCCAGAAUGUGCAACAGGUGGUCAUAUUUCGACUGCUAGCGAUGUCUACAGCUUUGGAAUUGUUCUAUUUGAGAUAUUCUUACGGAAGAGGCCGACAGAUGAUAUGUUCAAAGAUGGACUAAACAUUGUGAAAUUUGUUGAAAUGAAUUUUCCUGCCAGGAUAUCAGAAAUUAUUGAACCUGAAGUACUUCAAGAUCAGCCUGAGUUUCCUGAAAAAACUCUAGUGGCCGUGAAGGAAAAUGACCUGGACUGUGUAAGCUCAGUGCUAAACAUCGGGCUUCGCUGCACCAAGCCAUACCCGAACGAGCGCCCUAACAUGCAGGAAGUGGCUGCAGGGCUGCAUGGAAUCAAGGAAGCUUAUCUCAGAGGGUACUAAGGUACGUUCUUGGAAAAUGAAUAUUGGGAGUAAAUCACAACGUGCUGGGUGGGCAACACGCUCUGCUUGUGCUGCUCCUCAAGACAGAGCUUCAUCCCUGAUGAUGGUCUCCCAUGCUGUUUGGGUGAUGGAUCUGUUUAAUUCGGGAUAACAUCUUGACUCUUUGUUGUACCUUUUCUAUGUGGAAUCAGCCAACCUUUAUUAGUAGUUUGAAUUAAGGCUACAUGGUCGGCAUGUUGCUAGUACUAUGUAAUAUUACCUCCGUGCCGAAUUACUUAUCUUAGAUUUGUCUAGAUAGGGAGUAUGGUGUAGUAGUACGCCCGGGCAAGUAUUGUAGAGCUGGCAACUAUUUCUUACAGCCUAAAUCUACAUCCCAUAUCUGUUUUCUUGAUUUAUGUUUGUACCAAGUUUGUUGUUCGAACAUUUCAUAAGUUGAAGGUUUGAGGUCGAA